CCGGGUUCUCCAACGACAUCUUCGAGGCAUAAGAGAUCCACGUGUCGCCGCUAUCUCCCACAUCGCGUCUCGUGGCAUCAGGCGCAAUGGCCGACCACGCAGGAGGCGACCAGGAGUUGAUGUAUUGCCAUGCCUGCCACCAUCAAUGGCAGAGGGCCGGCGAGAGCAUCGAGUGCCCUGUGUGCAUGAGCGCAUCGACCGAGAUUGUAUGUCAGGCCCCGCGAGGUUUGUUGCAUCCAGCGUCGCGGCCGCUAACCGCUCUGCAGGUCUCUCCUGAGAACGAUCCACGCCAGUUCCAUAACCGGCAGCCACAGUCUAUUGCUUCAGGCGCGACUUCAAGUACACCCGCUACUGCUUCAAGCACCCCGCAGCCGACUCUGGAUCAGAAUGCCCCUGUCAACUCGGCCGGGAAUGGCACCUCCUCACCGGCCGACGCCCCAAACCCAGAGAGCGGCAGCGCCCAGCCCGCUCCUGAUGGACAGCGUCCCCGUGUUACCGUCCGGUUCACCACCGCCGAGCUUCCGCCCGUUACAUUCUUUACCUUCGUGACCGGACCUGCCGCUCCGCCCGCUUCGGAACACGCGUCGCCUGUGCCAGCCUUCGGCAUGCACUUCUUCCCGCCCGUCACUAUCGUGCCCGUAGCGCCUCCGCCCACCGUCAACACCAGCCCUUCUGCCGAGCCAGCAGAUCAAAAUGCCGCCAAUCAACAGAACACGCAGCAGGACGCCUCCACCGAGACCCAGGUCGAGGGCACCCAGCAACCACAGCAACCACAACCGCAGUCACGACCACAGCCAGAAGAACAACAACAACAGCAGCAGCAGCAGCAGCAACAACAACAACAACAGCCGCAGAGUGCUUAUUCACACGCCUUCCUUGCCACUCUCCUGCACUCACUUCUCUACGGUCCGGUGGCAGCCGCAGGGGCCAUGGGAACCACGACUUUCUUCCACCCGGGCGACGCAGUCUACUCGCAGGAAGCCUUCGAUCGCAUCCUGACGCAGCUGCGCGAGCAGGCGCCGCCGGGAGGACCCCCGCCGGCCUCGCAGGCCGCCCUCGACCGGCUGCAGGCGCACAUCCGCGAGGUGGACGACCAGAUGCUUGGCAACGACAACGACAAGAACACGACGCGGACCAAGUGUGCCAUUUGCGUCGACGACAUGGUCCGCGGCGAGAAGGCGGCCGUGCUCCCCUGCGAGCACUUCUUCCACGGCGACUGCGUGCUGCCCUGGCUCAAGAUGCACGGCACCUGUCCCGUCUGUCGCCGGUCGGUGGAGGUGGAUGCCACCGGGGACGGGAAGCCAGCCAAGCUCAAUGCCGAGACUCCGCUCGCGCCCGGGGCGGGUGCUGCAGGAGCAGGCGCUGCGGAGUCGGAAACGAGGGGCGAGGAUGCGGGCGCCAUGGAUUGCUCGUGACAUGAUUUUGGGGGGUGGGGGAGGGGGGUAGUUUCUGGUUCAGCACCGGGCGUUGUAUGAUUUGGGAAUUUCGGACUUUUGGCUUUAAGGGAAACGGCAUGAUACCAGGCGAAUGGGUUAGGGGUUUGACUUCUUUUCGAGGAAUUUGAGGACUUUGCAACAGCCUGCUCUGAGCGGCUCGGAAACAGCAGCAUGGAUGGAUGGAUGAUUUGUUACCAGUUCUGGGCCAUGGUACAGCGGGCUGCGACUGGGUUUA